GAAGGAUGGGACACCGGAAGCAGCAGCAGUAGAAUCAGCUGAUGAGCGGAAACUUUGUUGUCAACGUUACGAAGAGAUGGAGGUGACGGAGGAGGGGCGUCGGCAGGUGGAGGAGCAGGUGGAGGAGCUGCUGGCUGGUCAGGGGUCAGAGGUCAGCGGCUGUGAUGUUGGUCUGGACCAGAGCAAACCUGCGACUCUGAGGAAGAACGUGACCUACAUCGUCUGCGGGGUCAUCUUCAACGACAAGGAGGAGGUGCUGAUGGUGCAGGAGGCGAAGCAGGACUGUUACAAACUGUGGUACCUUCCUGCAGGGAGGGUGGAGGUGGGGGAGAGUCUGGGGGAGGCACUGAGGAGGGAGGUGAAGGAGGAGGCGGGGUUUGAUUGUGAGCCAAUCACAUUGUUGCUGAUCCAGGAACAGGGACCUCAGUGGAUCCGCUUCAUCUUCCUCGCCAGAGUCACAGGUGGAAACAUCAAGAGUCUGUCAGCAGCAGAUCAGGAGUCUCUUCAGGCGUCCUGGUGGGACAGACAGUCCGUCCUCCCUCUGAGAGGACGAGACAUCCUCCGUCUCGUCGACUGCGGACUCAAGUACCAUCAGGAUCCCUGGCAUCCGGUCACCUUACCCGUGGACCUGAGCUGCCGUCACGUGCUGCAGAGACUCGUCCUGGUCUUCACCAGCUCUGAUCUGGAUCAGAUCUGGAUCCUGCUCGUCAGAGCCCCGGGGCUCCACCUCCCGACGGCAGCGGCGGUGAAGACCCACGCCGUGACCUGGGCGGCCAACACGGUGGUGCAGGAGGCCAUGCCGUCUGCGUACCAUGACCACGAGGUCAACACGCUGGGCGUCUUCAGCCUGCAGCACAACGGCCGGCAGCAUGGGAAGACGGACGGCGUUUGCCUCAACACGCUGGUGGCACUGGUGCCCGACCGCGUCCAGCGCAACGAGGACGGAGAGCAGGUGGCGUUCGUGCCGGCCAGGCAACCUCCACCUGUAGAAAACCCUCGAUACGUGUGGAUGGAAGUCAGGAAACCAACGCUGAGAGAGAAACUGCUGGAAAAGACCAAGAAGACCUCCAUCCUACCUCUGCACAGCCUGUACUGACCACAGGGGGGCGGCAGUGCCAAGUCUGCCCUCCCCGCUGAUGAACAAGACUCUUAUUGUGAAAGACCUCUUAGAGUUGGCUUUCAGAAAACUUUUAUUCUUAAAGAAAUGUAUUUAUUAAGUAGUUGAAAGGUAAAGAAAUGAAAGGUUCUAUUGUUAGAAAGAGAAGAUAAAAUAAUCCUUGUGUGUUUCAUCUAAAUUAUAUGAAUUGUUGUUUUCUCCCUAGAACGAGCCCUUUAUAUUUAAAUACUUUAUAUUUAAAAACUUUAUAUUUAAAUUCUUUAUAUUCAAACACUUUAUAUUCAAACACUUUAUAUUCCAGUUCAGCUGCAACAUGACACUUCACCACUAGAUGUCACUGCAUUCUAAAAAAUGAACCUUUAAGUGUUAUCGAGCAUAAAAUAAAGAAGUUUGAUAUAAUUAUAAAUCUAAAGUUAUGAACGAUAAUGAAAAACAUGAGAAGUAGAGAUUGAAUGUCAUGGGGGGAGUAACAGGAUGAUGUCAUGCAGCUGGGACCCAGGUUUCAAGUCGUAUGAAUCUUAAUCCCACGACGGGAAACACGUGUUAACACAUCUGGGACACAUUUAUUUAAGCUUCCAGUGAAAUAAAGUCACUUAACAAAACCAAGUGAGAAGUCACGACUGCUAAAGUUGUUAAUAUUUGAUGUUUCUGAAGUUUAAAAACAAAUCAAAGAACUUAUUUGCCAAAAAAGAAACUUUAUUGGUCUUUACACUGGAGGACGAAGACGAUCGUUCUGUUGCUCAUGUCUGCUCCGUCUUCACCUUCCUCAUGUAGCUGUCGUUCAGGAGCUGCAGGUGUUUGUUUCUGCUGUCGAGACGGACAAGCCACUCCCCCCUCAGCCUGAGACACACACACACAGACAGACACACACAGACCCACACACGCACGUUAGUAGAUGAGACAGAUUCAAGGUAUUUCAGCUUUUCUUUUUUAACAAAUGGAGGAAAUGGAGACGCGUCCUCGAUCUUUAUAUAACUGCUGAUCACUUGUUCUCAUACAUAUGUAAAUAUAUAUGUGUUUAUGUAUAUAUAUACACAUUCAUAUGUGUAUAUAUUCAUUUAUGGUCUGUGAAACAUCCACAGACGUGGUCUCGUUUCCUGUCGGCUCCGUGUGAACAGGUCAGUGUCAUGUGACCUCUGGGUCUUUUUAUAUUGAACAUAAACGUGUUGAAGUCAUAAAUGGUCAAAUAUCUGUGACCGCAGCUUCUGAUCCUCUGGAUUAAUGGACGUAUAAAAUCUCAACUGGCCAUCUGAAGGUGACCGGACCUACGCUGCUGAGCCGCCGGCACACUGUGUGUGUGUGUGUGUGUGUGUGUGCUGCAGUAAUGUAAUAUUCAGUGUUUAAUGUGCAGCUUGUGGACUUUGAGUCAGCAGCAGAUCUGGUGUCUUGCUGACAGCUGCAGUGUUAUCACUGUCACAUCAGCGUUUCCCUCCACUGCUUAAUUUCACCAUCAAAUCAAACAUCACUCUGUGUGUGUGUGUGUGUGUGUGUGUGAGAGAGAGAGACACAGCACACACUGAGUAAACGGAUGUGUGUGUGUAACCUAACGCUCACUGUCAGCUGUCCUCACUGGUUCUUCAUCACCUUCCUGUCGAGUUUUCUGGAUUAUUCCAUUUGUUCUUUUAGCUGCUGAUAAGCCUCCUGACCUCACACACUCAGACACACACUCACACACACACUCAGACACACACUCACACACACACACACACUCAGUCAUCCAUCAACAACACAGCUCUGUCUAUUUCUGGUUUAUGUCUGCAGGUGUGAGGAAACAUGGACUUUAAAUAAAGAUGGACAACAUGACGACUCCUACAACUGAAGCCAAACUGUGUGGCCCCCUGGUGGCCGGCUGCAGUACAGGUCGUAAUGGUUCCCCUUUAGCCCCACGACAACACCUCAACCUCAAACAACAGAACUGCAUCACAGCAACACCCGGGUCAACACCGGUCCUCAGGUCCACGUCUGAUCACUUCUGUCAGGGAUCUGCAUCACCUGGUCACACAACUCAGACCAGAAGAUCUGAUACACACAGGAAGUCGGUCCAAUCAACACAGACGAGUGAGUGAGUGAGUGUGAGUGUGUGUGAGUGUGUGAGUGAGUGAGUGUGUGUGAGUG